AAAAAAAAAAAACAUGGGAACUCGUGUUUGAAUCGUUGGUCUAAUUUGUUUGUAAAUAAAUAAAUAAACAAUUUAUUGAUAAAUAAGUCGACUUUAAUUUUUUUAUUGACGUUUGGUGGAUAAAAUUACGUUUUUAUUGUUGAUGAGAUCAACUUUGGAAUUGGUGAUUGUUUCAUUUAUAAUAAAAGUCUUUUUUUGUUGACAAACACACAUGGCCAGUGUUGAUGAUUGAAUUUAAUUUAUCAACAAAUACCAAACACAAAGCUGAUGAAUAAAAAAGUGACUGAACCAAAUUCAAUCUUGUGAAGAUAAUUAAGCUAAAAUGAAUUUUGGCAAUUGGGAUUCAGUUGAAAACUCUUUGUCCUCGAGAAAUAAAAAUUACAAUGAUUCAAAAAAAAUAAGUAGAAUUAAUGAUUAUAAAAAAAAUACUUGUAAUUCAAUUGAUGAUAGAAGUAAUUCAGAAUUUGAAAGUUCACCAGAGUCACAAAAUUUUAAGCUUCAUGUAACAGACAAUUUAUUGACUGACGAUUCACCAGAGGUAGAUGUCAUUGUUAAAUAUAAUAAAGCAAAUAAUCACAGUAGUUCAGAUAUUAUUGUUAUAAGUGAUUCGAGUGAUGAAGAUUCUUCUCCUUCAGCAUUCAUACAAAAACGUCAUGAUAAUAUAAAUAAAAUUUCAACAAAAUAUCGAGUAUCAAAAUCAAAAAAUCAAAACUAUACAGACAGUGAUAGUCCACAUGACAUCACAAGUGAAAAUGAAAAUGUACUUACAGGUUCAAUGAAAAAUGACAAUUUAGAAAAUUUAUAUAAUGCUCAAAAAAAUAAAAAUACUUCUGAUGAUAGUUAUGAAGAAAAAACACAAGAUACAAGAUAUCAUAUUCCAGAUAAUAAUAAAUUAAAUUCAUCAAUAAUAUUGACAAGUGAUUUGGCUAAAACAAAUCAUAAAUUAAAUAAUAAUUAUGACAAUAAAAAAUACAAUGAUACACCAAAAUCAAUGAAGCUCAGUGAAUGUACAACACCAAUGAGUAAAAAAGAUAUUGUAAAUAUUAAAAAAAAAAUUGAUUCUAGACGUGUAGUAUUAUUUAAUUCACCAACAACACAUUGGAGUAAAAAAACAAUAAUUGAUGAAACUGAUAGUGAGACUAAUGAUGAUGAAGAUGAUGAAAAUAGUUAUUUAAAAAAUAAAAUAAAUAAACCAGUAUUAAUUGAAGAAACAAUAUCAGAUCAAGAAUCCAUUGAUGAUCAUCAAUGUAUUAAAUCAAACACACAUGUUACUCCACCUUUAGAACGUACUUAUUCAAGAAAUCCUUCUAUUGUUUUGUCUGAAUCAAAAAAAAAUCAAAUAUCAAAUUGGCUAAUGUAUAAUCCAAAUGAAUCAAAGAGUGAUGAUUCAUUGAGUCAAGUUCCACCAAGUUUAAGCACUCCACCAGGUUCAGGAAAUAGUAGCUUAGAAAGACUUGAAAUUAAUUAUGAAACUCCAAAUAAUAGAGAUAAAUUUCGUAGAAAUAUUAAUUGUGAAAAUAAAAAUUCUGAUAAAACAUCAACAACAACAACAAAUAAACCGAAACCUAAAAAUUUUACAAAUGACAAUUUCUUAAAGAAUAAAAAAUCAACUUCUAAUGAGAAAAAAAAUUACACACCAAUUACAAUAAGUAAACCAAAAAAAGUAUUAUCAAAAUCUCCAGAUAGAAGACAAACAGAUAUUAAUAAUUAUGAUGAUAUUUUGGAAAAAUUAUAUGGCUCUAAUUGGAGAGAUAAAAUAAUUCAAAAAUCACCUGAUAAAAAAAAAACAAAUGUUACAUUACGUAGUAGAGGAGUUCAAACAGAUAUAAAAAAAAAAACUAUACAAAGAGUUAAAAAAAUAUCUACUUCAAGUAGUUCAAGUAAUGAUAAUUAUAAUACUCCUCGUAGUAAAAAUAAAUUUUUUAAUGUUGAAAAAAAAUUAGAGACUGUCAUUAGAAAACCACGAAAAGAUAGUUUUAUUGAUGAUUCAUCAGUAUGCAGUGGUGGUGGUGGUGAUACUACAUAUAUGACUGCUUUGACAAAUCCAAGUGUUUCACUUGAUAAUAAUUUAAAUAAUAAAAAUAAUACACCCAUGACAGCUAGACGAGUUAUUGAAAUUUGUGAUACAGAUGAUGAACAAGAUGACUUACAAAUUAAAAAUACAAAUUUAAAUAAUAAAAAAUUAUCAUUUAGUGGUGAUGAUGAUUCAUCAUCAGGAACAAGUGAGUACGAUCCAUAUGAUAUAGUUCUUCCAAAAAAUACAAAAAAAUUAAAUUCUAAAAAAAUACAAUCAGGUAAAAUAAAUCCAAAAUGGCCAAGUUCAACUUUUGAUCGUGAUUUAUUAAAAACAAAAAGUUUUUUAGAAUCAUUAUCAUCUUCAGUACCAAUGGAUAUAUCACAUCAAGAUGCUAAAAAAUAUAAAAUAAAUUUUAAAAAUACAAAAGAAGAAUUAUGCAAAGUACUUUAUAAACUUUAUAACGAAAAAAUAUUUGAUAAUCGUUUACCAUCUGAUAUGUCAAUUGAAUGGAAUAUUCGUAUGCGUGGUACUGCUGGUUUUUGUUAUAAUAAAAAAUCAACAAAAACAAUUGGUGGUAUUACACGUUCAUCAAGAAUAGUAUUAGCAUCAAAAAUUUUAGAUUCAGCAGAUAGAUUACGUGAUACAUUGGUUCAUGAAAUGUGUCAUGCUGCUGCUUGGCUAUUGAAUGAAGUAUGUGAUGGUCAUGGAUCUUUUUGGAAAGCAUGGGCAUCAAAAGCAAUGAAAGCAUUUCCAGAUCUUCCACCAAUUAGACGAUGUCAUGAUUAUAAAAUUUCAACUAAAUUUACAUAUCGUUGUACUUCAUGUGGAUACAGUAUUGGAAGACAUUCAAAAUCUUUGGAUGUAGAAAAAAAACGAUGUGGUCAUUGUUUUGGCAAAUUUGAGCUGUUGAUUAAUCGAGUUACAAAAUCAGGAACAACAUUGCAAACACCUAAAACAACAAAAGGACCAACAGGUUUUGCUCUUUUCGUCAAAGAAAAUUAUGGUACAGUUAAAAAAGAACGUCAAGGUGUUGCACAUAAAGAGGUCAUGCAAAUAUUAGGUCAGCAAUUUUCAGCUAUUAAAAUUGGUAAAAAAAACAAUGACGGGGUGGACAAUGACGUAGUGUGACUGACAAUUAAUUAACAAUGACAAAUAAUAUUAUAUAAAUAAUACUAAUCAAUUUUAUAUCAAAUAAGGCAUCAUGUAGAUGGUUUUUUUUUUUUUUUUUAAACAAUCAUUUUUAUUCAGUUAAUUUUUAAUUUUAUUUUAAUUAAUUUUUUUUAAAACUAUACAUUGAUCACGUUACAGGCAAUCGAAAGGCAGACAUGCUUCGUUAUGUAUAUAUGAGGAGGACUUGUAUUUAAUUUAUUA